GGUGGCCCACAAAAGGUACUUAAGCCUUCCAUCACCAGAAUCUCAUGCACUUUAUAUUUCUGCCCGGAACCAUGCCAAGUCUGUUCUCCAACUAGCCAAAAACUCCUUCAUUAACAGAAAGUGUCAAAUCCUUUCAAGAUCUAACUCUUCUCGUGACUUCUGGCAUCUAGCAAAAAAUAUCUCUAACAACUUUGCUUCUCCUUCUUUCCCUCCUCUAUUUCAACCAAAUGGCACCAUUGCUAUCAAAUUUAUUUCUAAAGCUGAACUCUUCGCUCAAACCUUUGCUAAAAACGCUACCUUGGACGAUUCUGGGCUUGUUCCUUCCUCUCCUCCACCCUCUGACUACUUCCUGCCACCUAUUAAAAUUCUUCGCAAUGAUGUUUUCCAUGCCCUUGCUGGCCUAAACCCUCGGGAGGCUUAUAGACCUGAUGGGGUCCCUCCUAUUGUUCUCCGAAACUGUGCCUCCGUGCUUGCACCUUGCCUAGUCAAACUCUUUCAGCUCUGUCUGUCAACAUCUACCUUUCCUUCUUGCUGGAAGUUUGCCUACAUUCAACCUGUUCCUAAAAAGGGUGACCGUUCUAAUCCCUCAAACUACCGUCCUAUUGCUUUAAUUUUUUGCCUAUCUUAAUUUUUUUAAUCUAUUCUCAACAGGAAGAUUCUUAAACAUAUAUCACUUCACAACCUUCUAUCUGAUCGCUAAUAUGAGUUACGUCAAGGCCGCUCUACUGGUGAUCUUCUGGCUUUCCUUACUGAGUCUUGGUCAUCCUCCUUUAGAGAUUUUGGUGAAACUUUUGCUGUUGCCUUGGACAUAUCAAAAGCUUUUGAUAGAUUCUGGCACAAAGCUUUGAUUUCCAAACUACCCUUCUAUAGUUUUUAUCCUUCACUCUGUAACUUUAUCUCAAGUUUCCUUUCUGACCGUUCUAUUGCUGCUGUGGUAGACGGUCACUGUUCUUUUCCUAAAUUUAUUAACAGUGGUGUUCCUCAGGGUUCUGUCCUGUCACCCACUCUCUUCUUAUUAUUCAUUAAUGAUUUUCUAAACCAAACUUCUUGUCCUAUCCACUCCUACGCUGAUGAUACAACCCUGCACUUUUCCACGUCUUUUCAUAGACGUCCAACCCUUCAGGAGGUAAACAUAUCACGCAGGGAAACCACAGAACGCUUGACUUCUGAUCUUUCUAAAAUUUCUGAUUGGGGCAGAGCAAACUUGGUAUUGUUCAAUGCCUCAAAAACUCAAUUCCUCCAUCUGUCAGCUCGACACAACCUUCCAGACAACUAUCCCCUCUUCUUCAGUGACACUCAACUGUCCCCCUCUUCUACACUGAACAUCCUCGGUCUGUCCUUUACUUAUAAUCUGAACUGGAAACUUCACAUCUCAUCUCUAGCUAAAACAGCUUCUAUGAAGUUAGGUGUUCUGAGACGUCUCCGCCAGUUUUUCUCACCCCUCUCUCACCGCCGCAAUGUUGCACAUCUAGCUGUCUUCUACCGCUAUUUUCAUGCUAACUGCUCUUCUGAUCUUGCUAACUGCAUGCCUCCUCUUCUCCCGCGGCCUCGCUGCACAAGACUUUCUUCAUUCUCUCACCCCUAUUCUGUCCACCUUUCUAACGCAAGAGUUAACCAGUGUUCUCAAUCAUUCAUCCAUUUCUCUGGUGAACUCUGGAACUCCCUGCCUGCUUCUGUAUUUCCACCUUCCUAUGACUUGAAUUCCUUCAAAAGGGAGGUUUCAAGACACUUAUUCAUGAAUUUUUGACCACUGCUUUGACUCUUUUAUGGGACUGGCAUUUCAGUGGGCAUAUUUUUUUUAUUAGAUUUUUGUUGCCCUUGGCCAGUGUGUCCUUCCUACAUGAAAAAAAAAAAAACAAAAUAUCCUGGCUCGUACCACCACCACCUCUACUAAAGCCGUUUUUUCCUCCAACGCACCACUGUUGUAUUCCCUGCAUACUGUUAAUUGUGACCAGUUAGGUACAUGUGCAUUUCAUAGAAGAUUACCUUUAUUAAGAUGGUUUUUUUUUGCAUAUGGCAGUCCUUUUCAUGCAGAUACUUUGCAUUCCUUUUUAUUUCGUGAGUGUAGACAAAUCUGCUUCCAUAAUAAAAUCAGGUUUGUAGUGUCAAGUAAUCUAUAGUUCUUUUACAGGUAGCCCUGCACCAGACAUGGCAGUGAACAAGAAAAUAUUGAAUAUAAGCUCCCCGGUUGCAAAUGAGGAAACCAAAGGUGGAGUUGAAAGGGAAAACUGGAAGAAUCCCUUUCAAUUCUUCUUUUAUUGUCUAGGAUACGCCAUCGGAUUCGGCAACGUAUGGAGGUUUCCUUACCUGUGUUACAAAAAUGGAGGAGCUGCCUUUCUGAUCCCUUACCUGACGAUGCUUUUCGUGGCCGGAAUCCCUGUCUUUUUCAUGGAGCUAAGCAUCGGCCAGUAUGUCAGUCUGGGACCCACAGUUCUUUUCUACAAGCUGGCGCCCAUCUUUUCCGGUCUCGGCUGGGCUAUGGUUAUCCUUGCGUACUUCACAUCCAUCUACUACAAUGUGAUCCUGGGUUGGUCUUUCUUCUAUUUGAUAUUCUCAUUCUACUCUAUGCUCCCCUGGAGUCAUUGUGAUAAUGACUUCAAUAGCCCAGGAUGCUACUACGAAGAAGGCGCCGCUUUGUGCAGAAACCAGAGUCUCUUCUUCUUCAAUCAUUCAUGUUUAUCCCUGGAGGACUACUGCGGCCUGGAAGACUUGCUCCCGUUUAACGAGACGCACUGUCAAAACUCUGCCAACACUUCCUUAACGCCCAUUGAGAAAGUAGUCACCAGGAUCUCGGCAAGUGAAGACUUCUUCAGGAAUCGUAUGUUGCGGGUGACUGGUUCCACGUGGGAGGACAUGGGCGAUAUGCAAUGGGAGCUGGUGGGUUUAAUGGCGCUUUCUUGUGUAAUUGUGGGCAUUUGUCUUUCACGAGGGAUUAAAACUACUGGAAACAUCGUCUACUUCACCGCUAUCUUCCCUUACGCUGUGAUGUUCAUCCUCUUCAUCAGAGGAAUCACCCUGGAGGGCGCGUACAAGGGUUUGGAGUUUUACAUCCUCAAGCCAAACAUGACCCGCCUGACGGAAGUAGAGGUGUGGUGUGAAGCAGCUGUGCAAAUCUUCUUUUCCACGGGGAUCUGCUUCGGCUCUCUUAUUACUCUUUCUUCUUACAACAAGUUCACCAACAAUUGCAUGAGGGAUGCGUUUGUGGUGACUAUCACCAAUUGCUCGACGUCCGUCUUUUUUGGGGUGGUUAUAUUCUCUGUGUUGGGCUUCUUGGCCAAUGAGAUGGGCGUCAAUGUCAACGAAGUAGCGGCAUCAGGUUCGGGUUUGGCCUUCGUGGUGUACCCUGCUGCUAUAAGCCUCAUGCCUAUUCCGCAGCUAUGGUCUGUCCUUUUCUUCCUCAUGCUCAUCAACAUCGGCUUCGGUACCCAGUUCAGCACGGUGGAGGCUGUUACCACUGCAAUCGUCGACCAGUUCGAAUCGUUACGGAAGAGGAAGCCACUGGUGGUGAUGGGGACGUGUAUCUCUCUCUUCCUGAUGGGACUGUCCAUGUGCCUUCAGGGAGGGAUCUACAUGCUGGAGGUGUUCGUAUUCUACUCGGCGGGUGUGUCUGUUCUCAUCAUUUGUAUCCUGCAAUUGAUCGCCGUUAUUGGCAUUUUUGGUUUCCGCAAUUUGCUCAAUGCGGUCGAGGAAAUGAAGAUAAGGGUUAGGUUGCCUCUACGCAUCUACUGGGGAGUCACUUGGCUCUGUCUUACUCCUGCUUCUCUCAUCAUGGCAUUGGGCUUCCUGGUUACCUACUUGAGCAUGCUGCAAGUGCCACAAGCGUCCACUGCGUUGCAUGUCAAACCGGGGGCUCUCACCACACAUCUUGGAGAGGUAACAUUAAUAGAGGAUGUUCUUCUGGUUCGAUAUCCUUUUUCUACCUUAUUUUCCGUACCUUCGGACCUCGACACUGUCUCAAAAACUUUGGAUAACUCCUUACAGGAAUUGGAAUCUUUACUUGCUGAUGAAACGCAUGGACAGACGCAAGUUUUCUCUCAAACCAUUAUCAAAGCUUUAACAGCAAGGGUAGAAUUUUUGCAUGGCAAAUUGAACCAAUCUCAGCAUGACUACAACCUUUUACGCAGCCUUGGACGAGGAUGUACAGGAUUUGAGGAAACAUUAUGAUCAACUAAUAACGGUUGCAGCUACUAAUAAGAAAGUCCUGAACCUGCAUCACAAUAAACUGGUUAAAUUAGAGUCCAACCUCAAUGAGUUAUUACAGUAUUCAAAUGAUUUAGCAACUGUGCUUGAUAAUGCCUUACACAGUUUAGAUGUGAUAAAUCGCAUUGUGGAAAUAGAUCAAGUUUUGCUUGUAUCUGAAGCUUCCUUGAGUUCAGUUCUCUCCAUUAAUGGAUCGAUAAUUCGCAACAUGAUGGAUAAGAACAUAAGAACAUAAGAAAUAAGGGAAGCUGCAAGAAGCCACCAGGCUUACACGUGGCAGUCCCUGUAUGAAAUGUACCUACCUAUUUCUACCUAUCAUCCCCAUCCAACCGGUCUAAUCUUCUCUUAAAGCUCCCUAAUCUCUUAGCACUAACAACAUGAUUACUGAGUCCGUUCCACUCAUCUACCACUCUACUUGAGAACCAAUUCCUUCCUAUAUCUUUCUUAAACCUAAAUUUUUAAAGCUUGUACCCGUUAUUUGUUGUUCUGUCUUGGUUGCUGAUCCUAAGAAUUUUGCUUACUUCCCCCUUA